AUGAUAAGUUUGAGGUGCCGGCAACGCGCGCUUCGCAGCUUCACGACAGCAUGCUCGCAAGACCCUUCCUCUUCACUGAAGAAACUGCCGUCUCAUGCUCGUGUCGUGGUGAUCGGAGGAGGAGUGAUAGGGUCCUCAGUCGCAUACCACCUAACCAAGAUGGGCUGGAGGGACACGGUUGUUGUGGAGCGGAAUAAGAUGACCUCCGGAACGACAUGGCAUGCGGCUGGUUUGAUGGUAACGUUCGGCUCCAUGUCCUCGACCUCAACAUCCUUCCGCCUGUACAGCCGAGAGCUGUACAGGCGACUGGAGGAAGAGACAGGUCAGAGCACGGGGUUCAGCCCCGUGGGCUUCAUUGAGCUCGCGACGGACAGGCAUCGCCUGGAAGAGUUCAGGAGGAUCGCAGACUUCAAUCGAACGUGCGGAGUCGAAGUGGAGGAGAUCGGAGCGAGGGACGUCGAGAAGAUGUUUCCCCUGUGCAGAGUCGACGACGUCCUUGGCGCCUUCUACGUCCCAGGGGACGGACGAGUGAACCCGGUUGACGUGACCAUGGCACUGAACAAGGGGACGCGGAUGCAAGGAGGACAGAUCUUCGAGGACACGGCAGUGACGCGGGUGAUAGUGGAGGAGGGAGCAGUGAAGGGCGUCGUCACGUCCCGGGGAACGAUCCGGUGCGAGCAUGUGGUGAACUGUUGCGGCAUGUGGUCGCGGCAGGUAGGAGCGGCGAGCGAGGUGAGCAUCCCGCUGCAAGCAGCAGAGCACUACUACGUCAUCACAGACGCCAUGCCGGAGGUACAGAGCAGCUGGCCGGUGAUCGAGGACCCAGCGUCGUACACCUACAUACGGAAGGAGGGAGCAGGGCUCAUGAUCGGGCUGUUUGAGGGGCGAGCGGCGAGCUGGAAGGAGCACGGGAUUCCCGAGGACUUUGCGUUUGGCGAGAUCGAGGCGGAUGAGGAGAGGAUCUUUCCGUUCCUGAGCAAGGCUAUGGAGCGCGUGCCCAAGGCCAUGGACGUCGGGAUCAAGAAAGUCUUUUGCGGGCCGGAAAGUUUCACCCCCGACAUGUCACCGAUUGUUGGGCCUGUCCCGGAGCUAAGCAACUACUGGGUAGGUGCUGGCAUGAACUCGAUCGGAAUCCUGACAGGGGGGGGUGUCGGUCGCCUGCUCGCACAGUGGAUUGUCAGCGGCAGCCCCGACGAAGAUGUUACAGGGAUCCGUCCGAGCAGGUUCAGCCCCCUCCUGUGCGAGCCUUCUCUCCUUGCUCGCCGAGCAGAGGAGGCUCUGAGCAUGGUGUACGCGUGCCACUUCCCUUUCAAGCAGUUCAAGUCUGCCCGCAACCUCCUCCACUCUCCCUUGCACGCUCGCAUGCAGGAGCAGGGAGCUCACUUCUGCAGUAUGAGCGGGGUUGAGAGCCCAGACUGGUUUGGUGAGCCUGGCUCAAUCCCCGUCGCCGGAGAGCCAACCUGGGGCUUUCCAGAGUGGUUCGGGCGAUGGCGAGAAGAGCACAAGGCUUGCAGGGAGCGUGUCGUCAUCAUGGAUACCUCGUACACGUCAAAGUUCCGUAUCCAAGGGGAGCAUGCUGGCUCCUUCCUGAGCAGGCUGUCGACUGCCAGGGUGAUAGAGGAGGAGGCAGGGAGGGCCAUCUCGACCUUGUGGCUGAGCAAGGAGGGGGGGAUGGAGGCGAUCGUCGUGCUCCUCAAGCUCGCAUCGGAUGACUUCAUCUUACUUGUCCCAGACGGCCUGCACAGGCACGCAGAGAGCUGGAUGCGCCAGCAGAAGGAUCCUCUCGAGCGUGUGAGCAUCCUUGACGUCUCGGAUCGCUAUGCCCAGCUGGCCAUCCAGGGGCCGCGUGCAAGAGCGCUGCUGGAGCGCGUGGUCGGAGCCGCCAGCAUUCAAGCUGCAAACUUUCCGACCUCCUCCGUGCGUGAGGUCGAGAUCGAGCAAGUCCGCGUGCUCUGCAGCAGGACGUCGCUGACGGGUGAGCUGGGCUACGAGCUGCUCAUUCCCAGCGGGGAGGCGAUCAGAGUCUACGACACGAUCGUGCGGGAGGGACGGCAGCUGGGGGUCGCGCAUGCUGGAGUGAAGGCUCUGACGAGCCUGAGGAUGGAAAAGGGAUGGCGAGCCCUCGGGCAUGAACUUGACAACACGGACUCAGUCCUUGAGGCGGGCUUCUUGUCCUGGUGCGCCCUUGACAAGCCUGGAGGUUUCCUGGGAAGAAACGCUGUGCUGGAGAAGCUGCUGGAGGAGGAGAGGAAAGGGAGACGGAGGAGGAUGCUGCACGUGCUGGUCCUCGAUCCCAGUGUCAUGCUCUACCACGGCGAGCCCUUGAUCAACAAAGGCACCACAGUCGCAACUAUCCGAUCUGCAAGCUACGGGCACACGCUGGGGGGAGCCGUCGGGCUGGCAAUGGUGGAGGCAGGAGAGCAGAUUGAGGACGAAGGAUGGGAGGUGCAGGUGGCGGGGAUGCGCCAUCCGGUCAGAGUCUCUUCAUCUUGUUUCUACGAUGCUGAAGAUGGGAAGAUGGAGGUGUAA